AGAUUUCUCUUCAGACCUCAAAGGAAAAAUAUCAGGGAAGAGAAGGGAGAGAGGGAGAAGGGAACGUGAGGAGGGGAGAGAGAAAGAGAGAGAGGAAAGAUGGCUAGUGAAUUCAAAAAGAAAAUGUUCUGGAGGGCAGUGGUGGCUGAGUUCCUUGCCAUGAGCCUUUUUAUUUUUAUCAGCAUUGGCUCGGCUUUGGGCUUUAGCUUCCCGGUGGUGGGCAACAAAACGUCAACAAGGUCUCAGGACAACGUGAAGGUUUCGCUGGCUUUUGGGUUAUCCAUCGCUACCAUGGCACAAAGCGUGGGCCACAUCAGCGGUGCGCACCUGAACCCGGCCGUCACCCUGGGCCUCCUGCUGAGCUGCCAGAUCAGCAUCUUCAAGGCGCUCAUGUACAUCAUCGCCCAGUGCCUGGGGGCCGUGGUGGCCACAGCUAUUCUGUCCGGAGUCACCUCCUCUCUCCCAAACAACCUCCUGGGGCUCAACACCCUUUCAGAUGGAGUCAAUGCAGGCCAAGGACUAGGUAUCGAAAUCAUUGCUACCUUCCAGCUGGUGUUGUGUGUCCUUGCCACCACAGACCGGAGAAGGAAUGAUGUCUCAGGAUCAGCACCUUUGGCCAUUGGUCUCUCUGUUGCCUUGGGACAUCUUCUUGCGAUUGAUUACACUGGUUGUGGAAUAAACCCAGCCAGAUCUUUUGGCUCAGCGCUGAUUGCCAACAACUUUGAAAAUCACUGGAUCUUCUGGGUUGGCCCAAUCAUUGGAGGAGCAAGCGCUGCCCUGAUUUACGACUUCAUCCUGGCUCCCAGAAGCAGCGACCUGACUGACCGCAUGAAGGUGUGGACCAGCGGCCAAGUAGAAGAAUAUGAUCUGGAAGGAGAUGAUAUGAACUCCCGGGUUGAAAUGAAGCCAAAAUAAAGAAGGACAAGGAAAAAAGAAAAGAAAAAAAAAAAAAAAAGCACAUUGGUUUUUGAAGAUUUUAUCAGUGUUAUAGACUUUUUGUAAACCAGCAAGCAGUACUUUGUUUUUUUCAUUCAGUAUGGUUUUCCAUUUUUU